AUGCAGUCCGACCCUGCGAAGUAUGAAGCAGAGAUGCCUUCCCUGUUAUGGGGGUUGGAUCCUGUCUUUUCUGCAUUUGCAAGACUCUACAUUAAGGAUAUAAAGGAAAUGAAAGAAUCUAAGCAGGUUCCAGGUAUAUUCUUUUAUAAUGGACAUCCAAUAAGACAGGUGGAUGUUGUUGGGACAGUGGUUCUAACAAAAGAACGAGAUGCCUUCUAUAACUAUGGAGUGGAUGACAGUACUGGGGUCAUAAACUGCAUCUGCUGGAAAAAUCCCAGGGAAGCAGAAAAGCCUUUCUCAGGUUCUUCUUCAAGACUAGGCACAUCUUGCAGCAGUGAUCUAGUUGAACAGAUGAAGAAGCUCCAGGAAGAGGUGCUCCAGAAAACCAAGCUGGAAAUAGGGGAUGUUGUCAGGGUCCGAGGUCAUAUCCGAAUCUACAGAGAGCAGCGAGAAAUUCAGGCCUCCAUCUAUUAUAAAGUGGAUGAUCCUAUGUGUGAGGUUCAGAUUUCAAGGAUGUUGGAGCUCCCAUGCCUCUAUAGAGAAGUUUAUGAUAAGCCUUUCAAAAUCCCAGAGGAGGCACAGAGUGCCCCAGGUGGUCUGAACCUUAGAAGCUCAAUUGACUUGCUGAGCGAGAAAGUGAAAGACUUCUUAUUGGAGAACAGAAUUCAGACUUUUUACCAACAGGAUCUGGAAACAGUUGACGAUUUGGUGUCAUUGGCCAGUCAGCCUGUGUCCAGGACUGACUCUCAGCAGAUGGAUUCAAAAAGUGAACCCAGCUCCAAACUGAUUCACAGUGCGUUCAAGGAGGCAAUAAAGGUGCUGCAGGAAAAAGGAGUGGUUUUCCAGAAAUCAAAUAGCCCCAAGGAUGUAUAUCAUGUGACUGACCAGGAUAAGGAGUUACACAACGUGACCCUUGGUGUUGUCAAAGCAGAUUGUCGAAAACCCAGGCAUGCUGAAAAGGGCUGCCAUUUUCUUCACAUCUUGUGUUGUGUUCGCCAGAGCUACAGUCCUUAUCUAAGUGAAAUGGUGAUGCAUCAUGUCCUGAACCUGCUGGAGAGAAACAGUGAUAUUGUCAGCACCAUGGAAGGAUACUACAUGGCUUUCUGA